GGAUCGCGAGCUUCAGCCGGGUCUGACUUGGGAUCCGAGUCCGCGUUCGGCUCCACUUCUCACCUGUCCGUCCUUGCCUUCCGGUCUCUUGGCUUCUGAUUGCCUUGUUUUUCCCGGACUGGGCGGGGGCAUCGCGGCGCUUGCCCCAGCUACUGCCCUGUCAUUAUCCCUCCGAACCGGCAGAGUCACCGGAAGGAGUUAGAUCCUUGAUUUGGAGGCCUGGAGUGGGUAGGAUCCCGGAGCCAUUGCGGGAUCUCCUGAUACAUUUCCCCCAGGUCAGCAGGGAGGGAGCUCAGAGUGCCCACUCCCACGCCAAGCUCACCGCAGGAAUCCAAGGAGGGUUGUUUAGAAGUGUUGUCAAGCAUACAGAGUGACAGUGUCUGGAGUGACUCUGCAGGUGGCAGGGAUCUGAGAGGACUCCUUUCUUCCUGCUCCUUUAACCAGCCAUCCUCUGGUGUGGGCUGCGGCUUCCUUGCAGAACGAACCUUCACCAGCCUCUGAACUGUGACCAUACACACACCUGUGCCUUCUUCCCUGCUGGGACCCUUCCUCUACGGCCAUGGUCUGGAGGACCCUAGGCGCAAGCAACUUUUCCAUCUGCCCCAAUGGCUCCAUCCAGUGGAUCUGGGAUGUGUUUGGUGAAUGUGCUCAGGAUGGCUGGGAUGAGGCCAGCGUGGGCCUGGGCUUGGUCUCCAUCCUCUGCUUUGCUGCAUCAACCUUCCCCCAAUACAUCAAGGCCUGCAAGACAGGGAACAUGGACCAGGCCCUGUCACUGUGGUUCCUCCUGGGCUGGAUCGGUGGAGAUUCCUGCAACCUCAUUGGCUCCUUCCUGGCAGACCAGCUACCCCUGCAGACCUACACGGCUGUGUACUACGUCUUGGCUGACCUCAUGAUGCUGACCCUGUACUUCCAUUACAAGUACAAGAACCGGCCUUCUCCGUUGUCUGCCCCUAUCAAUUCUGUGCUCCUCUUCAUCUUGGGGACAGUGUGUAUCACACCACUGUUAAGCAUCACUGAUCCUGUGGCUGUCCCCAGGGAAGGCUUCCGGGGACGGAUGCUCUUGUCUGUGGAGCCAGGCAAUAAGCCCUUCACAAAGAAGGAGGUCAUCGGCUUUGUCAUCGGCUCCAUCUCCAGCGUGCUGUACCUGCUCUCCAGGCUGCCUCAGAUCCGCACCAAUUUCCUACGGCAGUCCACCCAAGGCAUUUCCUACUCACUGUUUGCGCUGGUGAUGUUGGGGAACACGUUGUACGGGCUGAGCGUGCUGCUCAAGAACCCUGAGUUGGGCCAGAGCGAGGGCAGCUACCUGCUGCACCACCUGCCCUGGCUCGUGGGCAGCCUGGGUGUGCUGCUGCUUGACACCAUUAUCUCCGUCCAGUUCCUGGUGUACAGGAACCGCUCCGCUGCUACCGCCUCAGAGCAAGAGCCUCUCCUCCCAAGCUGACCUGUGCCCUGGAUGACGGGAACCUCGGCUGCCAUCCCAGGAAGAGCAAAGCGUGGGCAGUGACACUGCAGCCUCUGGACUGGGCCUAGGAGGCGGCCUGAGGGAGGCCUAGGAAUCUGGGCCUGGUUGCCUCCCGUCCAUGCUUGGACCUAGGACAGGUCUGGAGUUGGAUCAUGCUAUGCCGGGACAUUACCUCUCAGGUAUAAGACAGCUGCUCGAGGAGCCUGUAGAGGACCCAUAGCUGAGACUGCAGAAGAUGGUGUGGCCACCUCCCAUCCACCUACCUCAAUCUGCCUGUGCACCCCAGGCUACAUCCUAUCCAGGGGACCCAGGGUUGUCCCUCUGACUGGACACAACCUAGUAAACGAUACCUUCCAGCUGGGCCUGUUUCUGCUGCUCCUUCCCAUGACACUUGGGGUCUGGGCAGGGACCCAGGGUAAGUUCAUACUGACGGGGGAACCAUGUCCGGUAUCCAUGGGUCCUUGGCUUUUGAACUUUUUAUCUCUCUGCCCUACUCUAGUGGCGUGACAUGGCAGUAAUGGGGACACCUCAAUGGGCUCCCUGCUCCUGAGGCUCAGGAAGAGGCAGAUAACCAGGUGGGGUUUGGUUGGACAUCCCCAGAGGCUUGGCGUGACUAUGCUACUGCUCUGGCAUUCUCUCCGGGGCUACAUAGGGUGGGGUGGUCUGCCCAAAGCGAGGCACAAUGUCAGACGUCUCCUCCUGUAGUCAGAACUCAGCAAGGGUCACCUUGGAGGUAAAGAAGAGGGACAAACUGGUGCUUUCCUGAAGAAGGUGGUGACCAGAAGCGUGGGUGGAAGAGGAGAAGAGUGGGAGACAGGGCACAGAAGUGACAAGGCCGAAAGGAAGGGAGAAAGGGUGGUUGGUUCCAGCUCACUUUGUUCCACGUUCCUGUGGGCCUCCACCUUUUGGUGACUGGGGGCAGAGAACUAGCUGCCUUUCCUGUUAGCACAUACUUUUUUUUUUGUUUUUGUUUUUUUGUUUUUUCGA